AUGGAGGAGGACACUCCCCGACUACAUUCAUACAAAGAAAUGCUCCUAGAUAAACAAGAUAUCUCUGAAGCAGACUACUUUGUUCCUGAGAUUGAAAACCCAAUGACCCAACAAAAAGGUAAGGAAACAACAGGCCCAAUCAUACUCUCCUACGAAGACAAAAACAGAUUAUACGAACCAUGGUGUUACUCAAUCAUCAUUAAGCUCUUUGGACGGCGUAUGCCACAUUAUCUUCUCCGAUCCAAAUUAAUUGAACUAUGGAACCCAUUCGAACGGUUAAUUUUGAUUGACUUAGGGUGGGAUUUCUUCAUAGCCAAAUUUGGUAAGGAGGAAAACUUGGCAAAAGCUAUCCAGCAGGGGCCAUGGUUCAUUUCUGGAAGUUUCCUCUCCGUCAGACGAUGGGAACCAAAGUUUUUCCCACAUGAGGCGACCCUCUCCCUCACAGCUAUUUGGGUACGUCUCCCCCAACUGCCCACCGAAUUCUAUGCGAAAGAGAUCCUGGAAAAGAUAGGCAGGAAACUUGGGAAACUUCUCAAAAUUGAUACGUGCACCUCCGUAACCUUGAGAGGUAUAUAUGCCAGAAUAUGCAUUCGGGUACCUUUGGAAUCGCCGGUCGCAACAUCUGUUACUAUAGGAGACUAUAAACAAUCGGUGGUCUACGAAGGUGAGAAUAUCCUGUGCAUGGGAUGUGGAAGGAUAGGGCACACAGUGAAAGGAUGUUCCCACGGGAUGAAACAAACUCAAUCAACAACACCACAAGACAACCCAGAAUGCCCAAAUUCAAAGCCAAAUGGUGAAUCUAAUUCAAAACCAGAUGGUGAAGAAGAAGAAGAAUGGAAAAUUGUUUCCUUUCCAAGAAGACGUAAACAGGGACCCCCCACCUAG